AUGCGUCGUGCGAAGUUAAGUACAAGUUUUAUUGAACUGAUGGCUACAUUAAGUGAUUCAGAUUUUGAAUGUGAAAGUGGAGAUGAUUCAGAUGCUUGGAAGCCCAAAACUUCACAAAAUGUUGGGGAAUCUGAUUUUUCAGAUUCAGAUGAAGAUUGUGAUAAAAGUAUACAUAAUGGUAAUGUACCAAUUAUUAUUCCUAAUCAAAUUGAAGUACCAAUUAUGUCGGUCCCUGAACAUGCAAUAGGCGAUUCUCCUGUACAAAAUGUAGUAGAAGUAAACAUUGCUAUAACUAGGGACAGAUUUUUAAUUUUACGUACUUGUCUACACUAUGUUGAUAUAAAUAACCGUCCAACCGAUAAUAAUAGUAAACUUUGGAAAAUUCAACCAAUUGUUGACCAAGUUCAUAACACUUGUAGGAGUAUAUCACGUUCGGUUGGCUGUUAUUCAAUCGACGAGCAAAUGAUACCUUUUACAGGUCGAUGUCCCAACAGGCAGUACGUAAAAAAUAAACCCCGACCAACAGGCUUAAAAAAUUUUGUUAUUACAACGUCUAAAGGCAAAGUUUUAGAUUUUGAAAUAUAUCAAGGUGCCGAAACACCGUUUCAAGACAAAACGUUGGGACUAGGACCUGCGGUUGUUAUUCAUUUAUCUCAAACUAUCCCCGAAGGAUCAGUUUUAUUUUUUGAUCGAUAUUUUACUACUGUGUCGUUAAUGGAUCGAUUGAUAAGCAAAAAAAUAAUGGCUACAGGUACAAUAAUGUCAAAUCGGCUUAAAAAUAUUCAUUUUAAUCAGGACAAAAAAUUUGAAAGAGGUGCCUGGGAAGAGUUCACUAGAGGUGAUAACAAAAUUACAGCAGUUAAAUGGAAAGAUAGCAAAUGUGUUACUUUACUAUCUACUAUAACAGGAGCAGAGCCACAUGUUACGGUAAAGAGAUGGAGUAAGACAGAAAGCAAAGAAAUUGAAGUUCCUUGUCCAGCUAUUGUAAAAUCAUAUAAUCAAUAUAUGGAUGGAGUUGACGUAUGUGAUCAACAGAUUGAAUGUUAUCGAACAUGGGUAAAAACCAAAAAAUGGACCCUAAAAGUGGCAUUACAUUUUAUCGAUUUAAGUAUAGUGAACGCAUGGAUGGAGUACCGUGAAGAUGCUGAAAAAAUGCGAUUACCUAAAAAAGAAAUCUUGGACCUAAUGAACUUUAAAAUGUCUGUUGCUCAAGAAUGGCUAUCUACAACUGUAAAAAAACGUUCAUUACCUGAAGAAUCCAGUUCGUCAGAUACUGAAGAAGUUCCUCAAAAAUUAUAUAGGCCACAAAAUUAUAGAGCUCCAGUUCCACCAACAACAAAGGUAAAAGACGGAUUUGAACAUUGGCCCGAAAUGAUGGUUGGGUUUACUGACCAUAAUUCUAAAUGA